AGAAAGAGAGAGGAGGGCCUCGCGCCGGCGGAGGGAGCCAUGUGAGGAAGGGAAACGGAGGAGCAGGAGGAAGAGGAGGCGCCAUGGCCUCGGUGAAGGUGGCCGUCAGGGUCCGGCCCAUCAACCGCAGGGAGAAGGAUUUUGAUGCUAAGUUUAUAAUUUCAAUGGAGAAAAAUAAAACAACUAUUACAAAUGUGAAGAUACCUGAAGGAGGAACUGGAGAUUUGGGAAGGGAACGGACAAAAACAUUUACAUACGAUUUCUCCUACUUCUCAGCUGAUGCUAAAAGUCCAAACUAUGCAUCUCAGGAAAUGGUGUUCAAGAAUCUUGGCACUGAAGUCCUCAAAUCUGCUUUUGAAGGUUAUAACGCUUGCAUUUUUGCAUAUGGACAAACUGGAUCUGGAAAGUCAUAUACAAUGAUGGGAAAUGCUGGAGAUGUUGGAUUAAUACCUCGGAUUUGUGAAGGCUUAUUCAACAGAAUAAAUGAGAAAACAAGAUGGAAUGAAGCCUCAUUUCGAACAGAAGUCAGUUACCUGGAAAUUUACAAUGAACGUGUCCGAGACCUGCUGAGGCGCAAAUCUUCAAAAACAAACAAUUUACGAAUUCGUGAACAUCCAAAAGAAGGGCCUUAUGUAGAAGACUUGUCUAAACACUUAGUACAAAAUUAUACUGAUGUAGAAGAACUUAUGGAAGCAGGAAACAUAAAUCGGACCACUGCAGCAACAGGAAUGAAUGAUGUUAGCAGCAGAUCCCAUGCUAUUUUCACAGUCAACUUCACUCAGGCCAAGUUUGAUGCUGAAAUGCCAUGUGAGACUGUCAGCAAAAUACAUUUGGUAGACCUUGCUGGGAGUGAGAGAGCUGAUGCCACUGGUGCUACAGGUGUCAGAUUAAAAGAAGGAGGGAAUAUUAACAAAUCCCUGGUUACUCUAGGAAAUGUUAUUUCUGCCUUAGCUGAUUUAUCUCAGGAUGCCUCAAACCCUCUUACCAAGAAGAAGCAAGUAUUUGUGCCUUACAGAGAUUCCGUUUUGACAUGGCUUUUGAAAGAUAGCCUAGGAGGAAACUCUAAAACAAUAAUGAUUGCAACUAUUUCACCUGCCGAUAUCAAUUAUGGAGAAACCUUAAGCACCCUUCGUUAUGCAAACCGAGCUAAAAACAUAAUCAACAAGCCUACCAUUAAUGAAGAUCCAAACGUCAAGUUAAUUCGUGAGCUUCGAGCUGAGAUAGCCCGACUGAAAACCCUCCUUGCUCAGGGGAAUCAGAUUGCCCUCUUGGAUUCGCCAACAGCAUUAAGUAUGGAAGAAAAACUGCAGCAAAAUGAAGCAAGAGAGCAGACCUUGGCUCUGAGAAAGGAAGGCAUUGGAGUUGUGCUAGACUCUGAACUUCCCCACCUAAUAGGCAUUGAUGAUGAUCUUCUUAGUACAGGUAUCAUCUUGUAUCACUUGAAGGAAGGUACAACGCAUGUUGGCAGGGAAGAUGCUGCAACAGAACAGGAUAUUGUGCUUCAUGGCCUCGACUUGGAAAGUGAGCAUUGCAUCUUUGAACACUUGAAUGGAACAGUUAAUUUAAUACCACUCAGCGGAGCACAAUGUUCUGUAAAUGGAAUUCAAAUUGCAGAAGCCACACAACUCAACCAAGGUGCAGUAAUAUUACUUGGCAGGACAAAUAUGUUUCGUUUCAAUCAUCCCAAAGAAGCAGCCAAAUUGAGGGAAAAAAGAAAGAGUGGGCUACUUUCUUCCUUCAGUUUGUCCAUGUCAGAUCUUUCAAAAUCUUGUGAAAAUCUCUCAGCAGUCAUGCUUUUUAAUCCAGGAUUAGAAUUUGAGAGACAGCAACGAGAGGAACUAGAAAAAUUGGAAAGUAAAAGAAAGUUAAUUGAAGAAAUGGAAGAAAAACAAAAAUCUAACAAAGCUGAGCUGGAAAGAAUGCAACAAGAAGUAGAGUCUCAGCGUAAAGAAACAGAAAUAGUUCAGCUCCAAAUCCGAAAACAAGAGGAAAAUCUUAAAAGGAAAAGCUUUCAUAUAGAAAGCAGGAUGAAAGACUUGUUGGCAGAAAAGGAAAAAUUUGAAGAAGAGAGGCUACGUGAACAGCAAGAAAUUGAAUUUCAAAAAAAGAAGCAAGAAGAAGAAGUUUUUUCUCGAGUUACAGAAGAACUUCAGCGAUUACAGGAGCUCAAUCAGAAUGAGAAAGCAGAAAAAAUGCAAAUUUUCAGAGAACUGGAAAAGCUUAAAAAUGAAAAAGAAGAACAAUAUGUCAAAUUAGAACUGGAAAAAAAGAGGCUUGAAGAACAGGAAAGAGAUCAAGUACAGCUGGUGGCAAACUUAGAAGAGCAGCUUAGGGACAAACAAGUCAUGAUUCAGCUGCUCAAAAGAGGAGAUGUUCAAAGAGUUGAAGAUGAGAAGAAGGACCUUGAAGACAUCAAAGAGUCUCUCCUGCGAGUCAAAGAAGCCAGAUCUGAAGAUGAUGAAGACUGCGAAGAGUUAGAAAAGAUACAACAUAAUUUCAUGGAUUUCAAGAGAAAACAGCUAGAACAGCUAACUAGUUUGGAGCGAGACUUGGUGCAACAAAGGAAUCAUUUAGAAAAAGAGAUAGCUGAUGAACGUGAAAACCUGGAUCCUUUAAAACACUCCUAUACACAACACUCACAUCUUGAGAGAAAUGAUGGAAGCAUGCUGGAUACUGCCUUAGCGGUUGAAGAAUGUAACAUACUAAAAUCAGCUGAGUAUAGGACGCAGCAUAAAGAACGGCAGCUCCUGUUUCUGAUGAAUAAUCAUUUGCCAGCUUUGCUGGAAGAAAAGCAAAGGGCCUGCGAAAUACUUGAUCGAGGCUUCCAAAGCUUGGACAAUACUCUUUAUGAAGUUGAGAAAGAGUUAGAAGAAAAGGAAGAACAGCUUGCACAGUAUAAGGACAGUGCAAGCCAGCUACAGCAGCUUCAAGAAACAUUUGAAUUCACGGCCAAUGUUGCUCGGCAGGAAGAAAAAGUGAGGAAAAAGGAAAAAGAAAUUCUUGAAUCAAGGCAGAAGCAGCAGCGAGAAGCGCUGGAGCAAGCAGUAGCCAAGUUAGAAAGACGACAUUCUGCUUUGCAACGUCAUUCUACCAUCGAGAUUGAAGAGCAGAAACAGAAGCUCGCGACUCUGAAUAGCAGUUGCAGUGAGCAGGCCGGCUUGCAAGCUACGCUGGAGGCAGAACAGAAAGCAUUGGAGCAAGACCGAGAACAUUUGGAUUUACAAAUAGAGCAGUUAAAGCAGACGAUAUACGAAGAGGGUGGCGCUGAAAAGGGGUCUCCUGGAGCCAUAGAGGAGAGACAUCCUCCGGUUUAUAAUGCUACAAAAUCUCAACCCCAUUUCAUUCCAUUGGUAGAUGACAGAAUAAAUGCUUUUAUUGAAGAAGAAGUUCAAAGACGCCUUCAAACAUUUCACUGCAAUUCUGGUGAGAACAAUUGCACACUGUCACAUUCUACAGAUCUUACAAAGAGUAACGAGAAAUUUCAUAAUGGUACUGUUCAACGCAAGUUGAAGUAUGAGCGAAUGAUCUGUCGCUCUGGUAAAACAAACCCAGAUGACCUAAAGAAUCCAGUUAAAAUUAGUAUUCCACGCUAUGUCCUUUGCGGGCAGGGAAAGGAUGAGCAUUAUGAAUAUGAAAUAAAGAUUUCAGUUCUCGGUGAGACAUGGACAGUAUUUAGGCGAUACAGUCGUUUUAGAGAAAUGCAUCAAACACUAAAAUUAAAAUACCCAGAGCUGACAGAGUUAGAGUUCCCUCCCAAGAAACUCUUCGGAAACAAGGAUGAACGAGUCAUUGCAGAGCGCCGGAAUCACUUAGAGAAAUACCUCAGAAACUUCUUCAGUAUAAUGCUCGAUUCCCCAUCAUCUCCUCUGCAUGUAAGUAAAGAAGACCUGGCCCUUUCUAAACACGCUAUCUGUGAAUUCUCAUCAUUCUUCAAGAAAGGUGUAUUUGACUACAGCAGCCAUGGCACUGGCUAACAGUUGGGGCCUUGUUUCCUCCUUGAAGAAUAAACUCUUGUCUUCAUUUCGCAUCAGAACGUUUUGCAUUCCUGGAAGACUUUCACCAGAAACACUGUUAAAAGCCAUUUUUCAACGUUUAUUCUGUCUAGAACGUGGCUUGUUUUCCACAACAGAAGGUGGAUACAGCUGGCCACUCUGGGCUGCUUUGAAAACAGUUUGGAUCCAACUCAACAACUCACGUUCUUCCUUGCACAGGUUUCCUGUUACAGUCUUCCAUUUGCAAAUACCUUCUUAGUGCAGAUACCAAGUUUCUUGGUUUUGUUCUGUUCCUUAGCCUGGAUUUAUGCAUAGAUGGUGUACAUCCAUCUUAAGAAUUGCACUCCCAUCUAUUUGAUCCUGUCAAUUUCCUCUUCUGAAUAUUAAAUCAUGUUAAUGUUUACAAAAUAAAUACUGCAAAGGAUUUCCAUUUCCUUAAGUCUUUCACACUUGGAAAAGGAAAUAUUUGCUGUCAAUUUAGAAGAAGAGGAAAUGGCAGCUAUUUCUACAAAGUGUCCUUUCCACGUUUUCCGAUUCCGCAGAUUGUAAUUAUGUACCAUGUAUUGCUUAUGUGCUUAACAAAUGCAGCAUGGAAUCUUAGCUUCGCAGAUACUUCCUCCAGUAAAGGCGUAAUACUAUGACAUGAACUGAUCCUUUGUUGUAUUGUCGAAGGCUUUCAUGGCCGGAAUCACUGGGUUGUUGUAGGUUUUCUGGGCUAUAUGGCCACGUUCUAGAGGCAUUU